CUUUCGGCUGAAAAUCGAUGGUCAGUGGACGGUGUGAAAAGUGGCGAAAAUUCCUCGACGAAAAGCUACCGCCCUGCAGUUGCAUCGCGCUUCGCAGUACGCGAUAAAUGGUGUAAUGAAAAAACGGCAAACGCUCACCCUCAAGGAAUAACAAUUGCCACCGACAGGCAGAUGGAUAUGCGCCAGCUCUAGCUUUCUUGGCCGGGCGGGGUACUAGUUGUGUGCCGUUUGUGGUCAGAUUCAUUUGAUUCAUAUCAAACAUUAAGGGCAGUAGCUAGUUGUGUGGCCCGUUGCAGCCUGCGGGCGCUUACCAAAGUGGUGAAGGUAGUGUUUAUUUAUCAGCAUCAGCACGGAAACGUAGGCGAAAGCAAUAACAACAAACCCACCUUGUGCACCGUGCGAUCCAGCACAAUGUCGACCGGACUGGGGGAAAAAUCGUUUGUCAACAACGACGAAUUGUUCUACCUGAAGUGGAACAACUUCCAGAAAAAUGUCAGCACCCAGUUCGAAAAGCUGCGUGAAGAUGACGAUCUGGUAGAUAUAACGUUCGCUUGCGAGGGCCGAAUGCUUACGGCGCACAAGCUGGUACUGUUUGCCUGCAGCCCUUACUUCAAGGAACUGCUAAAGAAAAAUCCAUCCCCGCAUCCGGUAUUUUUCAUGAACGAUGUGAAGUACGAUGUGCUGAAGGCCAUUCUGCAGUACAUGUACCUCGGGGAGGUACACAUCACCAACGAAAAUCUGAAGGAGUUCAUCAAGACGGCUGAAGGGCUACAAAUUCGAGGCCUGAGUAAAGAGAAUAAUGGUGAUUUGAUCAUACCAUCGCAUCAGGACGUACUGCGUCGGGACGAAAAAAACGAUCAAAUGCUCGAUGAGUUCUGCCGGAAGCGCGCUGGCAUUGAGGAACUACAAUCAUCGACCGUACUGAACAUUAAGCGCGUUAAAACGGUGGCAGACGGUUCGAUGACAGCCAGCGGCCAGGAUGGAAAUGUGGACGUAGAACCGAAAGUGGAAAUGGUCGAAUACUUGGACAGUGAAGCAGGUGCCCACCAAUCGCCAACGUACUGCAGUAUGGAACCAUACGCGGAUAAAAACAAUCCACGCACUGCCAUGGGCCAUCUUGGGGGAAUCAAUAACGUAGCGGGCUUCACACAGGCCGGUCCCGCAUCAGUGUCCGGAGCGGGAACCAAUCAACCCGGUGGCUCCGGCGGCCACAGCCAUAAUGUGCACGAGUACAAAUCGGAAGAUGAUAGCAGUUGGAUGGAGAAAUCGCUCGACAACAUCUCCGUGAACUCGGAGCAAAGCAUGAAGUACAAUAGUGGUGGUGGUGGCGGCAGUGGGGGCAGCGGAGGCAGCAGUGGCAACAGUGACAAAAACAAGGGACGCAGCAGUAGAAAUAGCAACCGAUCCACGGAUGACAAAGCGAACUGUCUAACGCCUCGCUGCUGUCCCGUGUGUUCGCGGCUCUACUCGAACGUGUCCAAUCUACGACAGCACAUGCGAUUAAUACACAACCCGACCGCCGUAUGCUGUCCCAUCUGCCAGAAACACUUCAACUCUGAACUUUACCUGAAGCGACACUACUCAUCGAUACAUUCGAUCAAUCCCAAUAGCACCGGAGACGGUGAGCUUGUCGAUACAAAGCCCCCAACGUCGCAACUGCAGCAGCAGCAGCAGCAGCAGCAGCAACAACAGCAAGCACCCCCACAACAGCAACAGCAAGCUCCUCCGCCAACGCAACAACAGCAGCAGCAACAGGCCCAACAGCAGCAGCAACCUCAACAACAGCAAGCACCCGCACCGACCGCAAACACGUGGAAUCCCUAUCACCACCACGACGCCUCACAGCUGGUGAAUCCUUUUAUCAAGUAAUCGUUGCAACGAUAACCGGGUGCACGCCAAAAGCCAUGUGCUGCCUUCCCCGCAGCUAACUGUUGCCCCACCACAACCACUACUUCUCUACUACGGGUUGACAAAUCUCGCUCUUGCUGCCAUGCGGAGCUAUCUGUUCCUGUGUUUUGUUAGUACUGGGCGGAGGACCUGCUACGAGUGUACCUAAUCCACAUUGGUCACUUCUCUCACCGUCAUACAUACUAACUGGAUGGAAAAAGUUCAUACAGUAACGUGCUGAGUAUAGAAAUGUCACUCCACCACCAAAAAGCCAAACCGUUACACACUGUUUAGGUUAAGGAGGUGGUCAUAAAAUGUAAGCGGCCUGUUACAAACUCUCCUGGACAUAGUUUAAUGUACGUGCAAUAUGAGAAACAUUUUUUACGUGAAAACAAUCAACAAUACAUCGCGAUCCAGUGUCACGUCAAGUAGACAUGUGAAGCAUACGGUGAGAGGACAUUCGAUCCAGGCCACAAAGGAAUAACGAGAACUUCGUCGGAAUGUUUGAAGAAAACGACUCACGAGAAGAUUCCCUCGUUCAAUCCGACCUACUAGCCAAAAUGAGUUUGACAGUACUGGUGUAAAGCAGAAUAGGCUCAAAACCAUCACAUCUACUGCACAGCAGACACGUGGUGGCAACUGUAUCGAUUUGUGGUCAUGUAAUCAAACGUGUUAUUUUCAUCGGUCAACUGGAACUAACAAAGAUGAGCGCAAUAGCGAAACGCAGUUCAAACACGAUCGCCAAUCGAACCAGUUAAGCAUUAUUGGCUGAAGGUAGCCGUGUCGCAGGAUCGACUAGCAAAAGUGGAAAAUAGGGGAGUUUUGCAACAGAAUGCACAAAGAAGCGAAUGAAUGUUUCCUUUUAAUUCCGUUAUCCCUUUUUGGUUGAUUUUAACUUUCGAUAGAUUGGUAAGGGUUUAAGUUAUGCUUACAGUGACACGAAAUUAUACGUACAAAACAAAAUGGGAUACGUUAUGAACCGUGCAUAGGUUUUUAACGCUAGGUUUUACAACGCCAACUUUGCAUAAUUAGCUCAAAUGGAGAAAAAAAGAUAGCAAAAGAUAUCUUUUCCAAGCUAGUACCAUCCAAAUGCUGUUAUAAAGAGUAGCAGAGUAGCAGCAGUUAUUAUCCACUGGAUGUAUCUAAACUUUAACUGGUACCAUGUACUUACGCGUUCACUUGUAACGAGUACGCCCGAUUUGCUAAACGAUGAACGAUUGUGUAUGUUUUGCCUUUGCUCUGUGUCAACCUAUGUUGGGAUAUUUUCGGGCUUUGUUUAGCAAAAGCUAGCCUAAUAGUGAUACAUGAUUAAAAACUGUUCCCAGUGGUACUGUUACUAUGCUGCUACUGUGGCAUGUGACAUUGAUUAAGCUAUGCGUAAUUUAUAGGGCCAUUCAAAUAGUUUAAUUCAGAGGUGUCAAAAACAUGUGGGUCCAUAUGACGAUCCUCAGAUCAGAUUGGUAAAGCGAGAAUUUUGUCUAUUGUACGGAAGAACCAAACACAGGGGUGUGAUGUCGAAUACUGGUACCGAAUUUGACCACACGCUCGUUCUGUGUCUCGCCUGCGAUCGUGCAUCCCAUGGACAGGACUGACCCAACCCAAGAAAGGCAAGCCAAGUCGGCUAAUCGGUGGUAAAACCAAAUAACACAAGAAGAGAGAUAAAACAUAUGAAAAAGGGGAAUGCAAAGAACGUACAUGAAAACAAUCUGUCCUAUAGUGUAAACGUGUAGUAGAGAUUCGGUAUAAGCAACAUCACGUACGUCGCAAAAGGAAACAAUAAUAUACGUACAAAUGUAAAACCCUAGGCGAAUGCUUUCAGUUGAGUUUCCAAAUCGGUUGCAAUUGUGAAAAAGGGGUGAGGGCACAGGGUGCAGAACGGAUGAACCGGAAGAAGUAAUGCAUCUCGUAAAAUCAUGUUUAAUCUGUUGCUUCCGUAAUUUAUGUUACAUACCGUACUACUCACCCACAUUUUAGCCUGAUUAUUGUACAUACAUACAUAUAGAGUAUUGAUAUAACAGUAACAAUUAUCGGUAAUGAUGACGUUGAAUUGGGCGUAUAAAUAAAGCAAAGGUGAAA